UGUCCUCGGACGUGCAGCCGGGUGAUGAAGCGGACCAGCUAACGUCCAGAGACCCGCUGGAGCGACAGACGCCGCCAGGACACGGCAUGACCGCCUGAACGCAGUUGAUCGAGACCUGGACACGUGGAGAGGUGGUAUUCAGUGGUAGACCCCGAGCGCCAGCGAGAAGUUGCUGCCAUGGAGCAUUUAUGAGCAGGAUCCAGCCAUCGCCGCACAUCAGCAGCGCCCCUACUGAGAAAACUACGUCCCUACACAACGGCGGCUGAAAGAGAAGCGGGGCUACACGACGCACUCUGCUUACAGAGGGCGGUGACCUAUCGGAGAAGCCCGGUUUCUUUGUCCGAUGUCCGCGGCCUGCCCGGUCCCUCGUGCACAAGGUUCCAUCUGAGUGGGAGAGGGCAACAAAAGACCAAAUGCCAUGGAUGUAUUUAACUUCACCUACUGGAAUGCCUCUGAAGGCAAUGACACAGAGGUUGUGGAGGAAAAUGAAAGGGCCUACAAGACUGUGGAGGUGGUGUUCAUCGUCUUGGUGGCUGGUUCCCUUAGCUUGGUCACAGUUAUUGGAAAUAUCCUAGUCAUGCUCUCCAUUAAAGUCAAUAGGAACUUACAGACUGUCAACAACUACUUUUUAUUCAGUCUCGCAUGUGCUGACCUAAUUAUUGGACUGUGCUCUAUGAACUUGUAUACAGUUUACAUAGUGAUAGGGUACUGGCCCCUUGGGCCAGUGGUGUGCGAUCUGUGGUUAGCUUUGGAUUAUGUGGUCAGCAAUGCAUCUGUCAUGAAUCUGCUCAUCAUAAGCUUUGACAGAUACUUCUGUGUCACCAAGCCCCUCAGCUACCCUGUCAAAAGGACCACCAAAAUGGCAGGAAUGAUGAUUGCUGCAGCCUGGGUUUUAUCCUUCAUCCUCUGGGCACCAGCCAUUCUCUUCUGGCAGUUCAUUGUUGGUGGGCGGACAGUGCCUGAGAAGGAGUGCUACAUCCAGUUCUUCUCCAAUGCGGCUGUCACUUUUGGCACAGCCAUCGCUGCUUUCUAUCUGCCUGUCAUCAUCAUGAUUGUGCUCUACUGGCAGAUAUCUAGAGCGAGCAAGUGUCGUGUGAAGAAGGACAACCGGAAGCCAUCAGGGCCCAACCCAGAGCCCCAGUCUCCCAACCAGGGGAGAAACAAUGCGGCUAAACCCAACAAUAACAACGUACAAGGGGGAGACCCGGAGCAGGAACAGACCCGGAGUGCCGGCGGCGUGGCUAACCAGCAUGACGGCAAACUGCAGAACGGUAAGGGACCAUCCUCAACGACCGGAGAGGGGGAGACAGAAGGCGAGGACGUGACAAGGGAGAACUGCACCCCAGGUGAGGAGAAGGAGAGCUCCAAUGACUCGACAUCUGGCAGCGUGGCCGCAUCUAACCAGAAGGACGAAGAGCUAGCACCCCCAAAGGCCAACUCCAGCACCGAGGCCAGCCAACCAGUCCCCCGUCACCGAGCAAAGGCGGGGGGCUCCAAGCUCACCUGCAUCAAGAUCAAGACCAAAUCGCCGAAAGGCGACUGCUACACUCCGUCCAACGCAACCGUUGAGAUUGUCCCGGCCACAGAGCGACAGAACCACGUUGCCCGGAAGAUUGUGAAGAUGACCAAGCAGCCACCCAACAAGAGGAAGAAGGUGCCACCAUCUCGGGAAAAGAAAGUGACCCGUACCAUCAUGGCCAUCCUGGUGGCUUUUGUGGCCACUUGGACCCCCUAUAACGUGAUGGUACUGAUCAACACCUUCUGUUCAAGUUGUAUCCCCAGCACAGUGUGGACUAUUGGCUACUGGCUGUGCUACAUUAACAGCACCAUUAACCCAGCCUGCUAUGCCCUGUGCAACGUCACAUUUAAAAAGACAUUUAAACACCUCCUCCUCUGCCAGUACAGAAACAUUAGGUCGGCCAGAUAA